AUGGAAUUAGAAGGCGAACCAGUACUCCAUUAUUCUUUCCUUGACGAAGCCGCAUCACUCCCUUCAGCAAAUGGUGUCGGUAUCCCAUUGCAAUUGUACCCAAACCAUUGUCGCUGGUCGCCAGAGGGGUACGAUGAACUGAUUACGGAGAUCCCCAUUGGGAUCAUAACGCCAGACAUAUUUGCCCAAGCGUGGUACAAUGUGGAGCAUCCAAAUACUAUUGGCACACCGACAGAGUCAUAUCCUCCACUGGCGCUGUCUACGUCUUCCUUGCAGGUUGAUACCGCUGAGCUGGACGAUCUACAACUCUCUGGGUAUCCGGAUUAUUAUCAGCAAGACUUACCUUUCCAAACAUUGACCCAGCCUUCCACCACGCCAUCGCCUCAUGCAACAAGCAGUUGCACUGGUCGUCGAGAUCCUUUGCCAUUCAUCUAG